AUGGCUCUUAUCCAAUUCAUCGCCGCCCACCCCAAGCGCAUCGCCGUGGUUUUUCUCCUAGUAACCGCGGGCUUCGCUCUACAUGCCGUCAUCGCCCGGCAUCGGUCCGGUAAGCAACGGCGGGGCAUACCACUUCCACCGGGGCCCCCGGGCGAGCCGAUCCUAGGUCACCUCCGCAUUAUCCCAGCCGACAAUCCCGAGUUCGCUUACACCGCGUGGUCGAAGCAAUACAAGUCCGACGUACUGUACUUCAAUGUCCUAGGACAGGACGUUGUCGUGCUGAACUCAGUGCGCGCUGCUGUGGACCUCCUAGAUAGACGAGGAGCGAAUUACUGCGACCGCCCGCGGUUCGUUCUGUUUGAGGAGAUGGGCUGGCGAAAGACAUUGACAUUCCUGAGAUGGGGUCCCGAUUUUCGAGUGCACCGUAGUAUCCUGCAAAAGAGCUUCUCUCGUACCAACAUCAUGGCAUACCGCGAGCUGCAACAGCGGGAGGCCUUGACGUUGGUAAACGGCAUCGUGAGAGACCCCGAGUCCUGGGAAACAGCGCUACGAAGGUUCGCAACUGCAGUGGUGAUGAGCAUUGGAUUCGGGGUCAAUGUAGAAAGCGACGACGACUCUUAUAUCCGGAUAGCUACGAACGCGUCAUACGCCCUUGGUCAUGCAGGGGCGCCAGCUGGUACCCCUGCCGACUUCUUUCCCUUCUUGAAGCAUCUUCCAAACUGGCUCGUUAGAGACCGCUCCCUUAAGUUUGCAAGGGAUUGGAAAUGGGCCAUUCAGCAGCUCCACGACGUACCAUACGCGGCGGUGACGACACAGAAAAAUCCAAAACAAAGUCUGAUCAAAGUCAUGCUUGACCUACAAAGAGAGCAAAUCAAAACGGGCUCUCCUGAGCUAUCAGUGGAGGACAUAAAAGGGGCUGCAGGGGCUGUCUACGCCGCGGGGCAGGAUACAACAUGGUCGACCCUCAUUGUAUUCGUCCUCAACAUGGUGCUCCACCCCGAAGUGCAGGAGAAGGCCCAGAGAUUGAUCGACGAGGUCGUGGGGGACGCCAGGUUACCCACUUUUGAGGACCGUCCGAAUCUUACUUACAUUGACUACGUUGUUCAAGAGACUUUUCGAUGGUGCCCCGUAUCUCCUAUCGGGGUGCCGCACCGAUCAUUGGAAGACGAUGUCUACAACGGCAUGUUCAUACCUAAAGGCUCCCUUGUCUACGCCAAUGCUCGCGCGAUGACGCAUGAUGAGCACAUCUACUCAGAUCCGGAGAAUUUUUACCCAGAUCGAUAUGCCCCUAUCGAGCAAGGCGGCCGCGGAGAGCCUUUUCCUGUGGGUCAUUUUGGCUUUGGCAGGAGGUUGUGUGUAGGACAACACCUUGCCGAAGCAAAUGUGUGGAUCGUAGUCGCUUCUAUGUUUGCGACGGUACAGAUAGGAAAGGCAGUUGGGCCCAUGGGAGAGGAAAUCAUACCUAGGAUUGGGUUGACGAAUGGGCUUACAAGUCACCCAAUACCCUUUCCCUGCCGUCUCAGCCCAAGGAAGUCUAACACCAGACACGAGAGGCUAGGCAAGUAG